AUGGCUGGUCAGUACGGAUGGCUGAGAGCCUGCCGACUCUUUCAAGACCAGAAAGUGAGGAAGCAAAACCCGGGUCCUGGGAGGCAGAUGGCUCCCCAGCCACAGGACAAAGACUCUAUGGUGAAGUGUAAGGACUGUGGAGCCUUUGGGCACACAGCAAGGAGCCUCAGGUGCCCCAUGAAGCGCUGGCAAGGGGCGCUGGUGCCCCUGCCCUUGGGGUCCAGAUUCGGUAAGGAGAACCUGGCGUGGAAGCUGCAGGACCCACCGACCCCAGGGAGCCCUAACGCGGCUGAGAGAGAGGAGGAGGAAAGACAGAGGAAAGAGGAGCAGCAGAGGAAGCUCCUGCAGCGAUUUCCCAGGAGGCCCCGUGCUCGGCAGCCGCAGAGCUGGAAGGAGGAGCCGGAGCCCGGCCUCUGCCUGAGGCACCCAAACAUGCCCCUGCUUAUCCACACAUCCAGGAGGAAAUCCUUCCAGGAUCCAGAUCACCCAAGAGGGUCACCCACCAGGAAAGAUGAAGUGAAAUCCAGCCUCCCCGCAGUGUCUCUCAUCGGCAGGAAUGCGGCCCCGGCCUCCAAGGGCAGCGUCGAGGCUCCAGGCAAGAGAUGUGCGCAGACCCCCAGCCUGACAUGUGUGAACCCCGCAAAGAAACCUAGACUCAGCCCCGUCCAGACCCCCCAGCACAGCACUCCCACAGCAGAUCUGGGGGCCUUCCUGAAUCUCCCUCCUCCACCCAGUACACCUGGACGUGGAUCGAGAGUGGCCUUCCAUGCAUCCAGGGAGACACCUGCCCAGGGGCAACGCUUUGACCUCCAGCCUCCCGCGGACAGAUCUCCCUCCAGGAGCGUGUGCGGGCUCCCCGCAGCCCACCCGCCGCCCAUCAGCAUCCGCGUUCGGGCCCAGCCUCUCAGGAUGCGCUUCCUGAGAGAUGCUGAAGGCUGCUGGAGCUGCCACUACAUGGCGCCCCCGUCUCCGCGGCCUGCGGAGCUGCCAGCCCCUCCUGCUCAGAGCCCGUCCGUCGAACGGGAGCCCGAGGGCCUCGCUGUCCCCGGGCCCCGGAGCGUCCUCUACGAUGACCUCCUGGUGUCUUCUUCCUCCGAAGAGAGUGACUGGGACGCAGACACCAGUGGCAACUGA